UAAAUUUAAUUACAAAAUCAAGAUAUUCCAAAAUGCCUAUGGAUACUAAGCCGGUUAGUGAAACGCGUCCCAUGCAUGCUCUCGUUUUUGAUCGUUUGGAAAUAAUUUUUAAUAUUAUUAAUCAAAUGUGCAUUGGAUUUGUAACGAUCUAUAUAAGUUGGAUGUAUCUGCGUACAGGAUUAGCUGGUACAGGUCUGCAUGCAUGGCUGACAACAAUAGGGCCUUAACAUGGAAUCAUUAAAUACUACAACUUGCAGUACCAUUCGAACCGAUUACGGCAGCACAACGUUAAAAAUUUCUAUUGGCAAUAAGUCAUCGGAUAACGGGGAUACGAACGGCUCGGACAACGCUACAGCAACAGCCACGACCUCUUACGAUAUCGGCUAUCACAGUCUGCCGCAUACGUCGUCUACGAACUUAUUUGCAAAAUCGAGAUUUUCCAGAAUGUCUAUGGACACCAUGCCGAACAGUGAAACACGUCAAAUAUUACAACGUUUAGAAUAUUUUCUAAAUGUUCUCAAUCAGAUUUGCAUUGGCUUUGUCACGAUCUAUAUGAGUUGGAUGUGCUUGCGCACAGGAUUAGCUGGUACGGGUCUGCAUGCCUGGUUGGUGACAAUUGGGUUCUCUUUUCUUAUGGCUGAAGCUAUAAUGUGUCAUUACAACCACAAUGUUUUGACCUUUAACUAUAGAAGAAAUACCAAAACCACUAUACAUUGGGUGCUGCAGGUCUUGGGCGGUGGCUGUGGCAUUGCUGGCGUUCUAAUCAAAUGUAUACAAAAAAAUUUUUCACUGCACUCUAUACAUGGGAAAUUAGGUUUCGCUGCCUUCAUCUUAUGUUGCAUUAGUUUUGCUUCCGGUUUAACGGCAUUAUUUUCAACAAAAGUCAAGAGAAUAUUAAGUCCUUUGCUAAAUAAAACUUUUCACAAUAUCUUGGGUAUUAGCACAUUUUCUGUAGCUCUAUGUGCCCAAUAUUAUGGCUACGAUACCGGUUUCUUUUCCCGCAAAGCACCCUCAGAUGAUUUUAUUAUAUUAAUGAAAUGCUUGACCUUAAUAUCGUUGGUACUCUCAUGUUUGGGUGCCUUAAAGGCCCUAUAUCAUAAAUCAUCGAAUAUAGUUAGACAUUACAGUUAGAGAUUUGGAUUGUUAUUAGAAUUUAUAAAAAAAAAUGUCAGGUAUAUGAUGAAAAUCAAUUGAUUUAAAAUUGUAUCAUGAAUUUCGAUCAUUUUUACGAAUAAUUAUUGAACCUAUAACUUAUUAUUAUCUUAAAAAAUUCAAGCCUGUUUGAAAAAUUUAAAAAAAAAUUUAACAGAAUUUAGAAAUAUUUCAAAUUCUAUUUCCUUUGAAUAGCUGUUUAGUUACUAUUAUCUAGUUAUAAAUUUGUAUGUAUAUCAUUUAUGAACAAACAUAUAUCUGUUCAGAUUUUACUAUAUAUAUCAUAGAGUCUGAUUUAUGCCUAUAUAUUAUAAUUUAAAUAUCAUUUAUAGAGUAUGUACAUAAACAUUUUAGAUUAUUAUAUUUGUAUAAAUGUAUUUUAAUAAAAAAUUUUAUAUAUCGA